AUGAUCCGAGUCGCGUGUCCUAAGAUCAUGCCACUCACACCGGCGGUGCCGAAGAAGAAUACCACCGGAGACCCAAUCCAUCGCCGAGAUAUUCGCAUCAACGAAUCUCGUACCUCAUUUACCCGAUCUCCCUGCAAUCCUCAACUAUCCCCCAUCUUCGGUCCGCUUCGGUCCGUUUUCGGGCGAGAUGUGAACCUCACUAUCCUCGGGGCGCAUUACCCCGAGCCGGAUCGGUCCCAACAACAUGCAGACCGGAUUCGUGUAACCCGAGUCCGAGUUUAUCGCAUGCGUUCUAGCUAA